AUGGCUAGCCUGGGCCGCCUGCUGUGCGUGCUGGGCCUGCUGCUCUGCGGGGCGGCCAGCCCCGGGCUGUCCCGACACCACGGCCGCUCCAAGAAACCCAUUAUUGGAAUAUUAAUGCAAAGAUGUCAUGGUAAAGAAAUGAGAAUGCUUGGAAAAUACUAUAUUGCUGCAUCCUAUGUAAAGUAUCUGGAGGCUGCAGGUGCAAGAGUUGUGCCUGUAAGGCUUGAUCUUAGAGAUUACGAGUAUGAAACACUUUUCAAAUCUAUUAACGGAGUCCUUUUCCCUGGAGGAAGUGCUAACCUCAGGCACUCAGAUUAUGCCCACGCAGCCAAAAUAUUUUAUGACUUGGCCUUACAGAGUUUUGAUGAUGGAGACUAUUUUCCUGUGUGGGGCACAUGCCUUGGAUUUGAAGAGAUUUCUUUUCUGACUAGUGGAGAAUACUUACUGACUCACACAGAUACUACUGGAAUAGCAAUGCCACUGAACUUCACUGGAGGUACGUUGCAGAGCAGAAUGUUCCAGAAUUUUCCUGCUGAUUUGUUGCUGUCAUUAGCAAUAGAACCGCUGACUGCAAAUUUCCACAAAUGGAGCCUUUCUGUGAAGAAUUUUACGAUGAAUGAAAAGUUAAAGAAGUUUUUCAAUGUAUUAACUACAAAUACAGAUGGCAAGAUUGAGUUUAUUUCAACAAUGGAAGGAUAUAAGUAUCCAGUAUAUGGUGUUCAGUGGCAUCCAGAGAAAGCACCUUAUGAGUGGAAAAAAUUAAAAGGCAUUUCCCAUGAACCUAAUUCUGUGAAGACUGCAUUUUAUUUAUCAGAGUUCUUUGUUGGUGAAGCCCGGAGAAACAAUCAUCAUUUUGAAUCUGAAGAUAUAGAGAAGGAAGUACUGAUUUAUCAGUUCCGUCCAGUUUAUACUGCAAAUAUUUCUUCUUUUCAGCAAUGUUAUAUGUUUGAUUGA